AUGUCGAGCCGGACGCGCCCGCCUUGUUUGAAGAAGCUGAAGCGGAUCAUUGGACGGCACCUCCGCUCGGGAAGUCUCACCCCUGAGGCCGCGAGCCUACUCUGCGACGAGGUGCUCCCAUCGAUCCAAAGGUGUUCCCCACAGCCGGCCGUUUCCGCAGCGGCGGACGUGUGGAGGGCCGACCGCCGCCCUUUCUGGGAGCUGGAGCGCUUUAUCGGAGAGUGUUUCCGCUCGGGGGACCUCGGCCCCGAGGACGCACUCGAUCUGUUCGAUGAAUUGCUUCACCGAGCGAGGCCCGGCUCCAUUUACGCCCUCAACCAGCUGCUCACCACCGUCGCUCGCGCCCCGGUCUCCUCCACCGUGCUCGAAGGCCCUGCGCUCGCUGUGUCCCUGUUCAACCGCAUGGUCAAGAAGGUGGCUCCAGACAUAGCUACCUACACCAUCCUCAUCAGUUGCUGUUGCGGUGCGGGCUGCUUGAACCUCGGCUUCGCUGCAUUGGGCCAAAUCUUUAAGACGGGGCUGAGGGCAGAUGCCGUCAUCUUCACGCCCCUGCUCAGGACCCUCUGUGCUGAGAAGAGGACGAGUGAUGCGGUGAAUAUUGUGGUCAGGCGGAUGCCUGAGCUCGGCUGCACCCCCGAUGUCUUCUCCUACACCACACUUCUCAAAGGGCUAUGUGAUGAGAAGAAAUGUGAAGAGGCUGUCGAACUUAUCCACAUGAUGGCUGAGGAUGACAACUGCCCACCUAAUGCAGUGUCCUAUACCACUGUAAUCGAUGGCUUCUUUAAAGAGGGUGAGAUACGGAAAGCUUACACCCUGUUUCGUGAAAUGCUUGAUCAUGGGAUCCCUCCAGAUGUUGUGACCUACAGCUCAAUCAUUGAUGGUCUAUGCAAGGUUCAAGCAAUGGACAAGGCUGAGGAGGUCCUUCGGCAGAUGAUUGACGAACAUAUUAUGCCUAAUUGUACCACAUAUAACAGUAUUCUCCACGGAUACCUCUCUCUUGGACAGUGGAAAGAGGCAGUCAGAAUUCUCAAAGAAAUGUCCGGAGAUGGGCAACGACCAGAUGUUGUUACUUACACUAUGCUGAUAGACUGUCUUUGUAAAUCUGGAUUGCUCGCAGAAGCUAGAGAGAUCUUUAAUUCUAUGAUUCAGAGCGGUGAAAAACCCAAUGUUUUCACCUAUAGAAGUCUGCUUCAUGGGUAUGCUACCGAAGGAGAUCUUGUUGAAAUGAAUAAUCUUUUAGAUUUGAUGGUACAAAAUGGAAUGCAACCUGAUCAUCAUACCUUCAACAUACAGAUCCAUGCAUACUGUAAAUGCGGAAGGUUAGAUGAGGCAAUGCUUACUUUUAACAAAAUGCGGCAGCAAGGAUUGACACCAGACAUAGUCAGCUAUGGGACGAUAAUAGAUGGUCUUUGCAGGAUAGGCCGGCUGGACAAUGCAAUAUCACAUUUCUGCCAGAUGACUGAUGAUGGAUUGUCUCCCAACAUCAUAAUAUAUAGUACUCUAAUUCAUGGUUUUUCUAUGCACGGCAAAUGGGAGAAGGCUGAGGAACUAUUUUAUGAGAUGAUGGAUAGAGGCAUUCGUCCAACUGCCGUUGUCUUCAAUGCAAUGAUAGACAAGCUAUUCAAAGAAGGAAAGGUUACGGAGGCCCAAAAACUCUUUGAUUUGAUGCCAAUUGCCAGUGUAAAACCUAAUGUGGUUUCCUACACUACAAUGAUUCAUGGAUAUUUCUUGGCCGGUAAACUGGAUGAAGUGCUGAAGCUCCUUGAUGAUAUGCUCUCGGUUGGCUUGAAACCCAAUGCUGUUACCUUUAAUACUUUACUUGAUGGCAUGCUUUCUAUGGGCUUGAAACCCGAUGUUGCUACCUGUAACACUUUGAUUGAUAGCUACUGUGAAGAUGGUAGGAUAGAGGAUGUAUUGACUCUUUUCAGAGAAAUGUUGAGCAAGGCAGCUAAGACUGACACUGUCACGGAAAAUAUAAUUUCCUGA